GAGUUUGGCAAGGGCAAUCAAAAUAUAUUAAAAAGAUCUUUCGAGUUCUGAUCAUCCUCGGUGACCUCUGACAUGGCUGAUGAGAUGAAACUUGACCAAGUGAAGAUCAUAGAGCGGUGUGAAGUAGCACCACCACAACACUCACUUGCCUCUACCACCCUUCCCCUCACUUUCUUUGAUAUUCCAUGGUUCUUAUGCCACCCCGUCAAGCGCAUCUUCUUCUACGAGUUUCACCACCCCACCAACCACUUCCUCCAAACAGCACUUCCCACUCUCAAACACUCUCUCUCCCUCACUCUCCAACACUUCUUCCCCUUCGCCGCCAACCUCAUCGCUCCGCCGCAGCUCCACCUCUCUCACAUCCGCUACCUCCCCGGCGACUCCCUCUCCUUCACCGUCGCGGAGUCCACCGCAGACUUCACCCUCCUCACCACCGAUUCCCCACAAUACGUUCGAAACUGGCACCCUCUUAUCCCUACCUUAUCUCCCCCACGUGUGGAGCAAGACGGCACACGUGUGUUCCCUCUCAUGGCCAUUCAGGUCACCGUUCUACCCAACUCAGGCUUCACCAUCUCUCUCACGUUCAACCACCUUGCUGGGGAUGGCAGAUCGCUUCAUCAUUUCAUCAAAUUUUGGGCCUCUCUUUGCAAAGCAAGAGGUGACAUGGCUAAAGCUUCUCUUGAAACCCCUUUGUCUCUUCCUUCGCACGAGAGGGACAAAGUCAAAGAUCCGAAGGGGCUUAAGCGCAUUUAUUUUCAAGAGCUUGAACACAGUGACUCCAAAAGGAUGGAGUUUGCGGGGCUCGUGCAAGUUUUUUCCACUGACAAUGUUCGCUUCACUUUUGCAUUGAGCCGUGAACACAUUGAGAAACUCAAGAAGUGGUUCUCUCUUAAAUGUGGCACGUUGCACAUAUCAACCUUUGUGGUGACGUGCUCCUUGGUUUGGAUUUGCAUGAUUAGGUUUGAGGAAAGCAAAGGCAAUUGUGUUGACUAUGAUGAACCAUGCUACUUUGUGUUUCUUGCAGAUUGUCGUGAUCUUCCUGAAUUUUCGUUACCUUGUACGUACUUCGGGAAUUGUCUAGCCUCUUGCAGUGUGGCAAUGAAGAGGAGUGAGUUAGUGGCAGAAAAUGGGAUUGUUGGGGUGGCAAAUGCAAUUGAAAGGGAAAUUAGAGAUGUGAAGAGUGAUGCUUUGAGAAAUGCUGAAAAGUUGAUAUCUGAAUAUAGAGAGUUAGGGAAAGCAGGUAAAUCUUUGUUGCUAGUUGCGGGUUCACCAAAGUUGGGUGUGUACGAGAGUGAUUUUGGAUGGGGUAAGCCUAAGAAAUCCGAAGCAGCGCAUAUUGAGUCGUCAGGAUCCUUUUCUCUUUCAGAUUCUAAAGACGGAAAAGGAGGAAUCGAGGUUGGAUUGGCACUUGAAAGGCUUCGGGUGAAUGAGUUCUUCACUAUCUUGCAAGAGCAACUUCAUGACAUUAAUAAAUUCUGAGGGAGCCAUUCACGCAUACACCACCUCGUGUAUUUUUUAAAUUCUUUUGUGUCAGUGGUUUUUUUCUCUGCAUGUUCCAGUGAACAUCUUAUUUUAGAUGUAUUAUGAGCGAUUGCCUAAUGGGUGUAGUAGCGUUCUUAGAAGAAGUGAAAUCAUUGCAUUUCGUUUUCUUGAUGCCA